GAGAGAGAGAGAGAGAGAGAGAGAGAGUGGUCCUGCCCCCAGGCAGGCCUGAGGAAUAAAAGAAACAGCGAGAGGACAAAGAAGGAAUUAAAGCACUGGAGCAAGGGGGGAGAGAGGCCUAAGGAAGUUUACAAAGCAAUCUGUCAGCGAAGGGAUGAAAAGGGAGCCCUGCUGGGCUGAGAGGCUCAGGCGCUCAACUCACCUUAGGCCCAAUUAGAAACAUGCAAUUACUCCGCCAAAGUCUGAACUGACCCCCACCCCCCCCCUUCCUUGUCCCAGAAGUUUCUCUGAGCGUGAGGCCUUGACUUGCUGGAUUCUGGCAGCCUCAAAUACCUCUGCUCUACUGGGCUCAAUCUACCAACUUGCUUGAAUUCACCAAACUGGCCCAACUUCCAAUUCCCUCUGGAUUUCCAGCAGAAACACUAUGUGAGGUGAAGGUCACCAGCAGAUUCUCACACUCUUGGGCCACUCCAACUUCCUUGAUUUUUCUGAGCCAGUGAAAAUAUCCACAGGCCUUUCUGGAAGUCUCCCCUGCCACCAAAAGCAAGAUUCAUAAUAAUAACAGCUAUCAUCUGAGUGUUCAUUUUGCGUGGAGUGCUUUAUGUCACCUCACUUAGUGCUCACCACUGCUUGAGGCUACAGCGAGCUCAGAGCGCUUCCCCACGCAGAAUGCCUGCUUUCCCCAGUGCUCGGCUCCCAUUGUCUAAUUUUCUCAUCCUGGCUGGGGAGAGGGAAGGCUGCGAGUCCUUCCGUUCGGAAGAGCUCCAGCUGAAUGCAGCUUAGCUGCUGCUGGUGUGUCUUGGCCAGCUGCUGUGGCCUCCGAGAUCUGCCGGGGAGUCUGUGGUUUCCCUGAGCUGUCUGCGAGUCUUCGGGAUCCGCCUACGAUCUUUGAGCUUCGCCUGCAAGUCCGCGGGGUUGAGAUCGACCUGCGGGGCUGAGAUAUCCGGGAUCUGCCACUGAGCUCCAGAAUCUUUCCAAACACCCCGGGGUCUCAGGGAACUCUGCCUGCGGAUGUGGAAUCUGUUUGAGGCCUCUCGGAUCCUGGAGCCGGCGAUCUAGUGGGCCCUUCGCGGGUCAGGAGCGCUGUCUGCUAGCUGCUUUUCCUGCUCUCUCUUCUGGGAGGCGAACCCUUGAGUCCGAGAUGGCAGCCACCCUGCUCAUGGCUGGGUCCCAGGCACCUGUGACGUUUGAAGAUAUGGCCAUGUACCUCACUCGGGAAGAAUGGAGACCUUUGGACCCUACACAAAGGGACCUUUACAGGGAUGUUAUGCAGGAGAAUUACGGAAAUGUUGUCUCACUAGAUUUUGAGAUCAGGAGUGAGAAUGAGGUAAAUCCAAAGCAGGAGAUUAGUGAAGAUGUAGAAUUUGGGACUGCUUCUGAAAGACCUGUUGGGAAUACUGAGGAAAAUGCUGAAAAUGAAGAGGGCUUUGAAAGCGGGGAUAGACCAGAAAGACAGUGGGGAGAUUUGACAGCAGAAGAAUGGGUAAGCUAUCCUCUUCAACAAGUUACUGAUCUGCUUGUUCACAAGGAAGUCCACACAGGCAUCCGAUAUCAUAUAUGCUCUCAUUGUGGAAAGGCCUUUAGUCAGAUCUCAGACCUUAAUCGACAUCAGAAAACCCACACUGGAGACAGACCCUAUAAGUGUUAUGAAUGUGGAAAGGGCUUUAGUCGAAGCUCACACCUUAUUCAGCAUCAAAGAACACACACUGGGGAGAGGCCCUAUGACUGUAAUGAGUGUGGGAAAAGUUUUGGAAGAAGCUCUCACCUCAUUCAGCACCAGACAAUCCACACUGGAGAAAAGCCCCACAAAUGUAACGAGUGUGGGAAGAGUUUCUGCCGGCUCUCUCACCUAAUCCAGCACCAAAGGACACAUAGUGGGGAAAAGCCUUAUGAGUGUGAAGAAUGUGGGAAAAGCUUCAGUCGGAGCUCUCACCUAGCUCAGCACCAGAGGACCCACACAGGUGAAAAGCCUUAUGAGUGUAAUGAAUGUGGGCGAGGCUUCAGCGAGAGAUCUGAUCUCAUCAAACACUAUCGAGUCCACACGGGGGAGAGGCCCUACAAGUGUGAUGAGUGUGGGAAGAAUUUCAGUCAGAACUCUGACCUAGUGCGCCAUCGCAGAGCCCACACAGGAGAAAAGCCCUACCACUGUAAUGAAUGUGGGGAGAAUUUCAGCCGCAUCUCGCACUUGGUUCAGCACCAGAGAACCCACACUGGGGAAAAGCCAUACGAAUGUAAUGCUUGUGGGAAAAGCUUCAGUAGGAGCUCUCAUCUCAUCACACACCAGAAGAUUCACACCGGAGAGAAGCCCUACGAGUGCAACGAGUGUUGGCGAAGCUUUGGUGAAAGGUCAGAUUUAAUUAAACACCAGAGAACCCACACGGGAGAGAAGCCCUAUGAGUGUGUACAGUGUGGAAAGGGUUUCACUCAGAGCUCCAACCUCAUCACACAUCAGAGAGUUCAUACAGGAGAGAAGCCUUAUGAAUGUACCGAAUGUGAGAAGAGUUUCAGUCGGAGCUCAGCCCUUAUUAAACAUAAGAGAGUUCACACUGACUAAGUCCUAUAAUUACAAGAGAGGAUUCAUUUGAAGGUACAAUUUAAUUUGAUAUCAAACAGCUCUUUGAAGACUGAACUGCUUUUACCAUACUGAAUUUCCUUGUGGGCCACAGUUUAAAAUAUCAAAGAAGAUAAGCCAUUUGUAAUUCUGACCCACAAUUCUGGGAAUGUUCUCCCCUCCUCCAAAGUAAUGAUUUUUAUUCACUCAAUAUUAAUGAAGUACUUCAUCAAAUUCAGCCCCACAAGUAACUGGGAAUCUGAAGGCCAGGGGAUAAAUGCUGGUAAAUAUUCAGGCCUGGAUAUGGAGUAAAUCUUUAAAAGUUAUUUCUCUCAUCCUUGGCCCAAAGAACAAUGCUAGGGGAAAUUUUGGACUGUAAUAGGGUGGUCACAGCUGCUUCGGAAAAAGACAACCAGAGACUGCCUGAAUUGCCACACCUAUUCACUCUCCAUAGUACUUGGGCACACACAUCUUCCCCUUCAAAAGGCUUUUCCCUUGAUUUGCUCAUACAUUUGUAUCUUUCCAUCUUCCUGAGGGCAAGAUUCUGCAUGAUGAAGGCAAUGAUCAAAACUUUUCCGCAUUGUUUCUAAUUUAACUGUAUUAAAGCUUGCAUCUUUGCAAAAGCUAACUGAAGAUACAGAUUAAAGGAAAAAUGAGACACAGGUUUGGGGACCAAGGACUCAUCAGUGGCGGUGACUUUAGUAAGAGAUGCCCACUGUUGUUAUUGCCAUUAAUCAAAAUGUAUUCAUUUUCUUUGGGGAUCACUGUAGGAAACAUUGUAGGGAAAAUGUCUUCAAGGAAAGGUAGGACCAUACUAAUGGUGUAGUGUCAGGAGCAAGUGGAAUUGACCACUUCAGGGAAGGAAACAAAGUUCCUCCCCAAGGAACACCACCAGUCCUUUCUGUGUUCUUCCCCCUUCUAUCCUUUAAGAUCAGUUCUCCUUAUACUGCUAACUCUAGGAUUUGAUAAGGGCCACAUCCCAGUGUUUAUCUUGGCUUGCAUAAGGGCAUGUGUAAUGUACAGUAAAACGUGUAUUCCUGUAAUUUUUUCAGUAGCAGAAACAAUUCACACAGAAUUAGCAUGUUCUUGGGUGAUGUUGAUCAUGUGACAAAACUACAGACAAUUCCAAUGUGAGAAAUGUCCUUUUGUUUCCAUUUUUUCUAAAGAAAAAAUUUAAACACUAGUGCUCUAGUGUAUGCUCUCCUGUAAGAUCUGUCUUUGUACAGAACUAAGCACUUGUUUAUGUGUUAUCAGUCAAUUGUGGGAGAUAAUGACUGGGUAGAUUGAUUGUUCUGUUCUCAGACUGAAUUAUCUUCUCUUUGGCCUAGUCACAAGGAAUUAAUAAACCUAGAUUGGAAUGUAUUUCCAUCCUCUCAGUUUACAGAUACAUGUGGUUAAAAUGAGAGUUGACCCAAUUUAAGCCUGUUAGAGUCAGUUCUUAUCCCAGCCCACAUAGGAAUUAAGCACUACCCCAGAUGUUGAUGCUUACCCAGGCAUUUGGGGGUGGCAGUGUGAAGGGACUAGAGUAAGGAAUAUAUAUAUUUUUGAGAGUGCCCCAAGUUAUUAUUUUUACUGUGCUUUAUUGUGAAUGUUGUAACAUUUUAAAAAUACUUCUGCCAUAGCUCUUUGGGACUUGGUGUGUUAAGGAGCCAGUGGUCUCGGGGUAUACGAAAAUGAGUCAUUAGGACCUUCAACUGUGUGGGACUGCAUUGUUUGCAGUGACACAACCUUGAAAGUAACAAAAUGAAACACCACUCCAUCAAGGAGGUUUCUUUAUGUUGCCACUCCCACUUAAAAACAAACUCAACUCGGGCAGAGAGUAUGUUUUGUGUUCUAUACAAAAUCUAGCCGACUGCGGGUAUUCAUAUUUUAAUUGUUGAAUGACUUACAUGUUCUUGAUGACUAAACUCAAAUAUGUCUUCUCCUG